UUCUGACGUCACUUUGGGCACAAUGUUGACAGCACGUACAUUUCGCUUUUCUUUCUUGGACAUUGAAACGCCUGUCAGCAGCGGUGUGUCGUAACCAUGCCGUGUACGGAAGCUGAGAGACACACACUGCCCGGGCCUUUGUGAGGAAAGGAUGGACUGCCUGCCUCUAGUUCUUUAUCUCAUGUCACUUCUUGAUUCUGUUAUCAGCUCCCUUCCUGCUCCGGUCAAUCUUUCUAUGGAAUCUGUCAACUUCCGCCAUAUCUUGAGUUGGGAUCCUGGUCCCGGCACUCCACAAGGAACACAUUACAAAAUCAUCAAGAGGGUGGAGAAGAAAGCAAGCAAAAAGAAAUGGUCCUCAAAGACUACAUCCAUUAAGCUGAAACUUAAGAGCAAAGUCGAAUAUGAGCUGACUGUCCAGGCGUCUUACAACCAAACCCUGUCUGCAGAGUCCAAACCAUACACCUUCCAACCUAUCACACAAACUAAAAUAGGUCCAACAAAUGUCUCACUACUUGGAUGUGGCAACUGCAUCCAGGUCAACAUUUCCUUCCCUGAAGCUGACAGGAGUGCAAAACUUCAUAUGAGUAUGAAGACAUUUUAUGGCGCUCGCUUCGUAGUGUCUUGGUGGAAACCGGAAGAAGAAGGGCUGAAGUCGUCCAUGGAAAUAAGAGAAACGAGUAUUACUCUGACCAACCUACAGAAUGGUACAGAGUACUGUGUACAGGUGGAAACAAUCAUCAAUACGAAUAAAAACACAGAGCCAUCUGCUUUGAAGUGCAUCUUCACCGGCAUUGUGGAACCAAGUAGAGACCCUGUUGUUUUAGGUACAGUUGCUGCCACUCUGAUUGUUGGUAUUGGUGUUGUGAUGACCUCCAUGUUUGGCCUCUACUACACUGGAUUCCUCUGUAAACUGAAGGCAACUCUACCUAGAGCACUUAUUGAGGCUCAGAGCCAAGGCUACACCCUGACACUGGAGAGGACAAUCCCUGACAAUAUCUCCAUUAGUGCAGGGAGGGAGAGACGGAGGAAGCCCUACAAUGCCACAACUCCACAACCCGCCACCAGGGGCGCCGACUCGAGUGACGAGGACGAAGACGAAGAGGGAAAGCUGUACAUGAAUAGAGGAUUUUCCUCGGGGGAAAAUUCCUGCCAGGACUCUGUUGAUGUGUCGGGGAACAGCAAGGUGUCUGCGUCAAGGGGCUCAGGCAGUUUGACAGGGGUGGGGCAGGUACCGGACACAGUGCUGGAGAUUGAGGCACCACAUGGGGGGGGGCUUGAUGAAGAUGAGCCCAAAGCUGAAGGAGCUUUCCUGUCUGAUGGAACAAUCACAGGUGAGGUGGAGGAGGAGCAGGUGUGUGAGGGCUCAGGGAAUAUCAAUCUGUUCUCAGUCACCCUCGCUGCGCUGGCUGUAUGCGAGGAAGAGGAGCACAACACAAGAGAUUCUCCCACAGACCUUUUGCAACUUUCUGAUCUGGAGCCUCUCCUGCACACACACUCACAAACUGAGUCAGAUGAUCAGACAGCCGUGGCAUUAUUGCUACCCACACAAGAAGACAUUACUGAAGGCACACUUGCGGACACUUUCUCUAGCUGUCUCAACACCUGUGAUGGUGAGAUGCGGCACGAAGAGACAAAAGAAGAAGAGGAGGAAGAUGAAGAGGAGGAAGAUGAAGAGGAGGAGGAGGAAUUCUGUGGAUACAUGCAGCACUAAUGAUGUGUUGCGCUGUGUGUGAAAAGGGGCCUGAACAAGGCUAUUUCUUGCAGCUUUUAAAGUGACAUUCAAAGAAUAAUAUAUAGUAUAGUAUAACUUGAGUGAUUUGUUUUCUGCUUUACUGAGGAUAAGGUCAUCUGUGGUGUGUCGUGCCUCUUACACACGUCUCUGUACAUCUAUGGGCAGGGAAGCUCCUCUGCUCCAUGGCUCAGGGCAAAUAGAAACAGCAUCAUUGUGGUGUCAUCUCUAAUGUCACAUCAGAGCAACAGUGGACCAUUUCUGAUGUUAUUGUUGUUUGCACUAUAGACUGUUCUCCUGUUGCAGAGCUUUACUUCGAUAUAUUUCAAUUGAAGACCAGAAGGAGAAAUCCACCUAGCAAAUCACACCCUGUUAAUGGUCAUUAAGUGCAUUCCUUUUAUUUGCGGUAACUGAAAUGUUUUAAAUGUAGUUGGCUGCUGUUGUUUUGGUGCUCUAUUUUUCUAUUUGUAAGAACAAAAGGCCAAACAAACCACAUCCAUACAGCUGUCCUGCGGCAUUGGGCUGGGUUAGGGUUAGGAAAGGCUUGAAAGCGAGUUGUUCUUGUAAACAUCUAAGUAAAAAAUAUGAAACUUUACUGAGAGCUUCGAUACAUCCCAUCCAUCCAUCUUCUCCUGCUUAUCCGUGGUCGGGUCGCGGGGGUAGCAGUUCCAGCAGAGAGCCCCAAACGUUCCUUUCCCCUGGCGACAUCAACCAGCUCUGACUGGGGGAUCCCAAGGCGCUCCCAGGCCAGCGAAGAGAUAUAAUCCCUCCACCUGGUCCUAGGUCUACCCCUUGGUCUCUUCCCAGCUGGACGUGCCUGGAACACCUCCCUAGGGAGGCGCCCAGGUGGCAUCCUAACUAGGUGCCCGAACCACCUCAACUGGCUCCUUUCGACGCGAAGGAGGAGCGGCUCAACUCCGAGUCCCUCCCUGAUGACCGAACUUCUCACCUUAUCCCUAAGGGAGAUACCAGCCACCCUGCGGAGAAAACCCAUCUCGACCGCUUGUAUCCGCGAUACAUCCCACCUAUGGAUAUAAAACUUCCCGAAAAGUCAACAUAAAAAGAUACAUUACAUUACAUUGCAUUUAGCUGACGCUUUUGUCCAAAGCGACUUACAAUAAGUACAUUCGACCAGGAAGACACAACCUUGAAGAAAACAGAAUCAUAUAAGUACAUCAGGUUUCAUAGAGCCAAACAUUUCAAGUGCUACUCAACUGGCUUUAGGUAAGCCAGUCCUUUAUUAGUAUAGAUACCUCACAUAAGCUCAAGUUAAAUAGACAUUUGGACUUGUCCCAGUAUGGCACUGUGUCACUGAACCAGCAUGAACAUUACCACGACUCUAAAACUGAAGCACAUCAUUGGAAUUGUCCACAAACUUAUCAUUUAAACCUUGAUUUUGUUUUGUUCAAAAGGCCAACUUUAAAUCUCUCAUUAAAACUCAACUCUUCAAUCAUGCACCAGUGUAUGAAUGUGUGUGUGCAUGGGUGGAUGCUAGCUUGUGUUGUAAUGGACUUUGAGUGGUUGCAAAGACUAGAAAAGGACUCAUGCUAUGGGCAAUACACUCUAUUCCAAAGUCGCAGUUUGAAAAUGAACAGUUGGUUGCAAAUGUAUUAUCUUUUCAAUUUACACACGGCAUCUAUUGCACGUCUGUCCGUCCUGGGAGAGGGAUCCCUCCUCUGUUGCUCUCCCUGAGGUUUCUCCCAUUUUUCCCUUUAAACUGUGGGUUUUCUCCGGAAGUUUUUCCUUGUACGAUGUGAGGGUCUAAGGACAGAGGGUGUCGUAUUGUCAUACUGAUAUUCUGUACAAACUGAAGUCCACUGAGACAAAUGUAACAUUUGUGAUAUUGGGCUAUAUAAAUAAACAUUGAUUGAUUGAUUGAUUGGUUGGUGCACAUCUUCUUUUUUUUUUUAAAUGUAUAAGUAUGUUGAUGUUAUUGUAUGCUAAUAACUAAAUAAGCUGCAAUAUAUUUGGUAUGCAGGCCUAGUAUUCACUGUAUAACAUGAGUAUGUGGUAUUGGAUUGGAACACAGCCUAAUGAAGGAUUGAUCAGGCAGCUGGAAAGACACCAGCAAAAAAUAAUGUUGUGAAGUUAAAUGGGAAUGUUCUGUAAAACCAUGUGUUUUCUGUUCUCACAUUGAUAUUGCAUGCGUGUGAUUAUAGAUGAAUGUUUCAGACCACUGAUGCGUCAUUCUAGAAUAAUUAUUGACUCCAUGCUUUAAAAAGUUGAAAGUUGAAAAAGGUACACAAACAGCAGUCCUAUGACUUUACUUCUUCUAGGUCACAUGAUUUCCUAUCAACAGCCUCAUCAGAUGUUACGUUCACGUAACGACGGACAAAUUCCAUUCACCUCUAGAAGCAAAGUAAAGUUGCAAGUAACAUUUUUUAUUGUGCGUUUUACAAUACAGUGGGGGGAAAUAACAUAACUUAAGAUGUAGUACUAUCACGUAUCUAAGAGAAGAUGUAGUCUUAUCACCACCUGACUUUUUAUUCGUUAUCGUUAUUUUUGUCCUCACUUUAUGUUAUCGCUGUCCAAUUAAAAAUGCCAACUUUUGUACUGAAAUAACAAAGAACAUUCCUGUAUUUAUUCAUUCUUCUAAUAAAGGAACCUAUUUCUGAAAACGCUU